AUGUCUUCUCCAUCUGUUGCCCAGCCUGAGGCUGUCCCCGUUACCGCUACUGAGAGCGUUUCUCCUCCUGCUGCUGCCCCAGCCCCAUACAACCCUCCCACCCAGAGCUCUGUUGCUUCUGCUCCUUCUGCUUCUCUCUAUGUCGGAGAGCUGGACCCCACCGUCACCGAAGCUAUGCUUUUUGAGAUUUUCAACAUGAUUGGCCCAGUUGCUAGCAUCCGUGUCUGCCGUGAUGCAGUUACUCGUCGCUCUUUGGGCUAUGCCUACGUUAACUACCUCAACGCCAGCGAUGGUGAGCGUGCCCUUGAGCAGCUCAACUACUCCCUCAUCAAAGGCCGUGCUUGCCGCAUCAUGUGGUCCCAACGUGACCCCGCUCUCCGCAAAACCGGCCAGGGAAACAUUUUCAUCAAAAACUUGGACGAACUCAUCGACAACAAGGCUCUCCACGAUACCUUUGCUGCUUUCGGUAACGUCUUGUCUUGCAAGGUUGCUACCGAUGAACACGGUCGCUCCAAGGGUUAUGGAUUCGUCCACUACGAGACCGGCGAGGCCGCCGACAGCGCCAUCAAAGCUGUCAACGGUAUGUUGUUGAACGACAAGAAGGUCUAUGUCGGUCACCACAUCUCCCGCAAGGAGCGUCAAUCCAAGCUCGACGAGAUGAAGGCCCAGUUCACCAACCUAUACGUCAAGAACAUUGACCCUGAGAUGAGCCAGGAGGACUUUGAAAAACUGUUCAAACAGUUUGGCAGUGUUACCUCUGCUCUUAUCUCUGUUGAUGAAGAGGGCAAGAGCAAGGGCUUUGGUUUCGUCAACUUUGACAGCCAUGAAGAGGCCCAGAAAGCCGUGGAUACUCUCCACGACACCGAGGUUAAUGGACGCAAGUUGUUCGUCUCCCGGGCCCAGAAGAAGGCUGAGCGCGAGGAAGAGUUGCGCCGCUCAUACGAGCAGGCCAAGAUGGAGAAGUUGAGCAAGUACCAGGGUGUUAACCUCUACAUCAAGAACUUGGAGGACGAUGUCGAUGAUGACAAGCUCCGUGCCGAGUUUGAGGUCUUUGGAACCGUCACCAGCUGCAAGGUUAUGCGCGAUGAUAAGGGCACCUCCAAGGGUUUCGGUUUCGUUUGCUUCUCUACCCCAGAUGAGGCUACGAAGGCUGUUGCUGAAAUGAAUAACAAGAUGAUCGGCACCAAGCCCCUGUAUGUCUCUUUGGCUCAGCGCCGCGAAGUUCGCAGGCAGCAGCUCGAGAGCCAGAUCGCUCAGCGCAACCAGAUCCGCAUGCAACAGGCUGCUGCUGCUGGUCUCCCUGGAGGAUACAUCAACGGCCCCAUGUACUAUCCCCCUGGCCCCGGCUUCGGUCCCCAAGGCCGUGGCAUGAUGGGAUACGGUCAGCCUGGCAUGAUGCCUCCUCGUCCUCGGUAUGGACCCAAUGGACAGGUCGCCGGUAUGCCUGUCCCCGCUCCUUAUGGUCAGGCACCAGCAGGAUAUCCUAUGCCCCAGGGAGGGUACCCACCUCGCGGACCUCCUCGUCCCCCUGUUGCUCGCGGCCCCGGUGGCUCGCCUCCUCAUGCUAAUGUUCCCAUUCCCCGUGCUAAUGGCGCUGCUCCCGCCAACGGUGCUCCUCGUCCUGCCGGUCCCCAAGGCGCUGCCCCUGCCGGACGCCCCGCUCCUGCUGCCGCUGCUGGCCGCAACCCCCCUCCUCCUCAGGCCGCUGCUCCUCCUGCUGCUGGGUACAAGCAGCCUGCUGCCGCUCCCCAGCAAGGAAGACCCGCUGGAGCCGCUCCCGCCGCCCCUGCGGCUGCUGCUGCUCCUUCUAUCCCUGCCGAGCUGGGCAUCCCUGCUUCUCAGUUCCACGCCGCCCCUGUCGCUGAACAGAAGCAAAUGCUCGGUGAGGUUAUCUACAUGAGAAUCGUUCCUUCUCAGCCUGAGCUUGCAGGAAAGAUUACCGGUAUGUUGUUGGAGAUGGACAACACUGAGUUACUCCAGCUUUUGGAGGCUCCCGAGGCUAUGAACGCCAAGGUCAACGAGGCCCUCGUCGUUCUCCACGACUUCUCUGCCAAGGAGUCGGAGGGCGCGACCGCCUAA